AUGAGAUCUGGAGUCAUGCUGCCUCUGAAGGAGAAAGAUAAACCCGUGGUCCAGAAGCUUCUGUCGGCCGGCUGCUGCGCUCGCUGCGUCCUCAGGUUCUGCUGCGUGAGCGUCCAGGCCGCCUACAGGAAGCCCCACCAGGAAACACUCAAAGAACUUCAAGCGUUCAUCGGCAACACAGAGAACGGCAAAUCCCAAGAUUCAGUAGCAGCAGAUUCCACAGAAGAAAACAACAAAUCCCAUGAUGCAACAGCACCAGAACCAACUGAUGAACCCGCUGAUGACCCGCCGAGCAAAAGAGCGAAACUGGAGCUCAGCGGGACUGAAGCUCCGUCAGAGGAAGACGCGGAGGAGGAGAAACUGACGGAGGAGCCGAGUGUGUGUGUGGCGUGUUUGGGCAUCCUACAGGAACUCUGUGGCACGACUCAGGCCGUGAAGAUAGCGGAGAAGGUGAAGGCAGAAAAGUACGAGCUUGAAACUCUGGUUCUGUCUGUGUCUCUGCCCGCUCAGCUGUGUGUCCGCGAGGUCAGUGUGUGUGUGGUAU